GACUUCGUGUGCAGCGACUCCAUUCCACACAGUCUGCCCAAGGCUUCUCCCAGCCUCGCAUCCUCAACAGCUGUCUCCUGUACCUGUCUUACAAACAGAGACAACUUGACCAUGAGCGGAGAUCAUGGACACAAAGACUCUCAGGUCAAUUCUGGAUCUAAGGCAAGCGAAACUCACAAGCAUAAAGACAAGCACAAAGACAAGGAACACAGACACAAAGACCAUAAGAAAGACAAGGAGCGCGAAAAAUCCAAGCACAGCAACAGCGAGCAUAAGGAACACUCUGAGAAGAAACACAGAGACAAAGAGAAAGAGAAGCUGAAGCACAGCGACGGCAGCUCAGACAAGCACAGGGAAAAACACAAGGACAAAGACAAGGACAAAGAGAAGAGGAGAGAGGAGAAGAUUAAAUCAUCCCAUGCUGACAAGCCUAAAAAGGAGAAAGAAAAUGGAUAUGUAAGAGAGACGAGCCCUCCUGCCAUUAAGAGUGAGCCUGAAGAAGAUAAUGGCUUUUACCCCUCUCCCAAACACAACAAGUCCUCCAAGAGAGAGUGUGAUGACGAAGAAUUUGAAUACAAGCCCAAAAAAGUCAAGACAGAAAAUGACAAAAAGGCCAAAAAGAGAAAACAGGAGUAUGAAGAGGACGAGGAUGACGAGGACAUAAAACCCAAAAAGAAGACAAAAGACAAAAAGGGAGUAGAGGGGAAAAAAAACAAGAAGGAAGAAGAGGAGAAGUGGAAAUGGUGGGAGGAGGAAAGAUAUACUGAUGGCUCCAAGUGGCGCUUCCUAGAACAUAAGGGUCCUGUGUUCGCCCCACCAUAUGAGCCCUUGCCUGACAAUGUCAGGUUUUUCUACGACGGAAAGAAUAUGAAACUGAGUGCUCCUGCUGAAGAGGUGGCCACAUUUUUUGCCAAGAUGCUGGAUCAUGAGUACACCACUAAGGACAUCUUCAGGAAGAACUUCUUCAAGGACUGGAGGAAGGAAAUGACACCUGAGGAGAAGUCAAAGCUCACUGACCUGAACAAGUGCAACUUUAGUGAAAUGAAUGAGUACUUUAAGGCCCAAUCAGAAGCCAAGAAGCAGAUGUCAAAAGAAGAGAAACAGAAAAUCAAAGAGGAGAAUGAGCGGGUGCUUCAGGAGUAUGGUUACUGCAUCAUGGACAACCACAAAGAGAGGAUCGGGAACUUCCGCAUCGAGCCGCCGGGCCUCUUUAGAGGACGAGGAGACCAUCCCAAGAUGGGCAUGCUAAAACGCCGCAUCCGACCUGAAGACAUCAUCAUCAACUGUAGCAAGGACUCCAAGCAACCCAAACCUCCUCCAGGCACACGGUGGAAGGAGGUUCGCCAUGACAACAAAGUGACCUGGCUGGUGUCCUGGACAGAAAACAUCCAGGGGUCCAUCAAAUACAUCAUGUUGAACCCGAGCUCCAGGAUCAAGGGGGAGAAGGACUGGCAGAAGUAUGAGACAGCCCGACGAUUGAAGAAGUGUGUGGACCGCAUCCGUGCCCAGUAUCGUGACGACUGGAAGUCAAAAGAGAUGAGAAUCAGGCAGAGAGCUGUCGCCCUCUACUUCAUUGACAAGCUGGCGCUGAGGGCGGGUAACGAGAAGGAGGAGGGCGAGACGGCGGACACAGUUGGCUGCUGCUCUCUGAGGGUGGAGCACAUCAAACUGUACCCCAAGAUCGAUGAGCAGGAGUAUGUGGUGGAGUUUGACUUCCUGGGAAAGGACUCCAUCCGCUAUUACAACAAGAUCCCCGUGGAGAAGAGGGUCUUCAAGAAUCUUCAGUUGUUCCUGGAGAACAAGCAGCCUGAAGACGACCUCUUCGACAGACUCAACACGUCUAUUCUGAAUAAGCAUUUACAGGAGCUGAUGGAUGGUCUGACAGCCAAGGUCUUCCGAACCUACAACGCCUCCAUCACCCUGCAGCAGCAGCUUAAAGAACUAACCUGCCCGGAUGACAGCAUCCCAGCUAAGAUCCUGUCAUACAACCGAGCCAACCGGGCGGUGGCCAUCCUCUGUAACCACCAGAGAGCUCCACCCAAAACCUUUGAGAAGUCCAUGCAGAAUCUUCAGACAAAGAUAGACGAGAAACAGAAGCAGCUGUCCACAGCCAGGAAGCAGCUGAAGACGGCCAAGGCUGAUCACAAGGCUUCUCAUGAUGACAAGAGCAAAAAGGCCGUGGAAGUGAAGCGUAAGGCCGUCCAGAGGAUAGAGGAGCAGCUGAUGAAGCUGCAGGUUCAGGCCACAGACAGAGAGGAGAACAAGCAAAUCGCUCUGGGCACCUCCAAGCUCAACUACCUGGACCCGCGCAUCUCUGUCGCAUGGUGCAAGAAGUGGGGCAUCCCCGUCGAGAAGAUCUACAACAAAACCCAGCGGGAGAAGUUCGCCUGGGCGAUCGACAUGGCCGAAGACGACUAUGAGUUUUAGACACGCUAUUAUUAACCCUUCUCCCUUUUCUACCCAUGCCUUUGAUUGUGGAGCUGGUUUGUAGUUCAUGUCAAUGAUUCCACUGUGUGGUUACUCCGGGGGCGUGAGGGAGGGAGGAAAGACUUUGACGGCGCCGAGUGAGAGCUGAUCAAUAAUUGUUCUGUAUAUAGGGAUUGAUUGUGGAUAUAGGAAAAUAAUUCCAAGCAAUUGACCAAGCUGCCAAAGGGCAUCUACAAAAAUUUACAGCAGUAUGUUUGUAGCUGCCCACGAUCAAACGACUAUGAACACGUUGCUAUGAUCUUUUGUCUGCUAGGACUGUACUGAAAUUUUUAAGCCAUCAGAUUUAUUGAAAAAUUCUAUAUUCUAAUAGAAUAAUGAAUUAAUAGGUCAUCGAUUUUCCACUCUUUAUCAAGAAGAUACAUGGCCAGGGUGUUUGCGUGAGAGACUGUGAGAAGCAUCAUGAGAGAGGCAAUACGAUGAAUUUCAAUUUGUAGAAUUAUGGUGUGAGAGAUCAGUAAAAAUGAGCCCGAUAGAGUGACGACAACGUGAAGAAUAGAAACCCUAACACUAUGCUUACAUUAUUAUUAGCACACAGAAUGUCGUCUUUUUUCCAUUAGUUUUUGAUUUUUGCUGUUUAUUUCAGGGAUGUAUAUAUGUAUUAUUUUCAUUUUUUUUCCAGUAACUAUUCAGUGUUUUAUAAAAAAAAAAAAAAAUGUGUGCUUGUAUGCAGUGUCAGCGAAAAGCUCUCUUUGCGUUUAUAUGCAAGUCGUGUGUGUCAAUUUUUUUUUUUUUUUUUCAGAGAACGAGAAAUUACAUUCCUCUUGGUUACUUGAAACGGCUUAUAUCACAACUUCUGUUUGGUGCAAGAGCUAUAAAAGACUGUUCUUCCAAAAAGAAAAAAGUAAUGUGAGGGGAUGUGGGUUUUGCCAAAAAAAAAAAAAUCAAAAAAAAAAAAAAAAAUCACCCAAAUCCAUCAUUUUAGUGUGUUUUUUGUAUCACUGUGAGUAAGCAAAAAGUGUCCUCCUUGAGUUAAUUUUUAAAUGUGAAUCGAUAGUCUGACUUUUGUCAUUAUUAAUAUUUGUUGCCACACGCUCAUUUUAAUGAACUCCUGUUUGGUUGAAUGCUUAUUGUUUCAGGCUUUGUAGUUUUUAGAAUAAAACAUCAACCUCG